AUGACGAAUCCGGAGGGGAGCCAUCCACACUUGGUCAGGCGGCCGUCGCGAAGCGCUGCCAUGACAACAUUCUCCACCGAGGUCUUCGACAACUCAGUCGUCCCUUCCUCCUUGGAGUCUAUCAAGCCGAUUCUUCGUGUAGCCAAUGAGAUCCAAAAUGAGCGUCCUCGCGUUGCCUAUCUCUGUCGGUUUUACGCAUUUGAGAAGGCUCAUCGGCUGGAUCCCAGUUCCAGUGGACGUGGUGUAAGGCAGUUCAAAACAGCCUUACUGCAAAGAGUCGAAAGGGAAAACGCAUCCAGUAUCGCCUCCCGGGUUAAAAAAACGGAUGCGCGGGAAAUCCAGAGCUUCUAUUACCAGUAUUAUAAACAAUAUGUUGAAGCACUUGAGCAGGGCGAGCAAGCAGACAGAGCUCAACUUGGCAAGGCCUAUCAGACAGCAGGAGUUCUUUUUGAAGUACUUUGCGCCGUUAAUAAGACUGAGAAGGUUGAAGAGGUUGCUCCUGAGAUUAUUGCGGCGGCUAGAGAUAUCCAAGAAAAGAAGGAAAUCUAUGCACCAUACAAUAUUCUUCCACUGGAUUCUGCCGGGGCUUCCCAGUCAAUUAUGCAACUCGAGGAGGUCAAGGCUGCAGUUGCAGCGCUAUGGAAUACCCGAGGAUUGUCAUGGCCAUCAGCUUUUGAACAGCACAGGCAGAAAGCAGGGGAUCUGGACCUUCUUGAUUGGUUAAGGGCCAUGUUUGGCUUCCAGAGAGACAGUGUUCGGAACCAGAGGGAGCAUCUGAUAUUGCUACUUGCCAACAACCAUAUAAGGCUCCACCCCAAGCCUGAACCUCUUAAUAAGCUUGAUGAAAGAGCUGUAGAUGCAGUAAUGAAUAAGAUUUUUAAGAACUACAAAAAUUGGUGCAAAUUUUUAGGAAAAAAACACAGUUUACGACUUCCUCAAAGCCAGCCGGAAAUCCAGCAAAGAAAAAUACUUUACAUGGGGUUGUACCUUCUUAUCUGGGGUGAAGCAGCCAACGUCCGGUUCAUGCCAGAGUGUCUUUGCUACAUCUUUCACAAUAUGGCCUAUGAACUCCAUGGCUUAUUAGCUGGAAAUGUGAGCAUUGUAACUGGAGAAAAUAUCAAGCCUUCUUAUGGCGGAGAUGAUGAGGCAUUUCUUAGAAAAGUUAUAACACCAAUCUACCGAGUAAUAGCAAAGGAAGCAAGUAAGAGUCAAAAUGGUACAGCUUCUAGUACAGCAUGGUGCAACUAUGAUGAUCUUAAUGAAUAUUUCUGGUCAUCUGAUUGCUUCUCUCUUGGUUGGCCUAUGCGUGAUGAUGGUGCAUUCUUUAAAUCAACACGCGAUGAAGCUAAGGGAAAGAAGGCGCCUCCAGGAAAUUCUGGAAGCACGGGAAAAUCAUAUUUUGUUGAAACUCGAACCUUUUGGCACAUAUUUCGAAGCUUUGACAGAUUGUGGACGUUUUAUGUGCUAGCCUUUCAGUUGAUGAUCAUCUAUGCCUGGAGUGGAGUAGCAAUACAAAAUAUACUCAGAAGGGAUGUUCUGUAUUACCUAUCGAGUAUUUUCAUCACAGCGGCCUUUCUUCGGUUCCUUCAGAGUAUUCUUGACAUUGUUCUCAACUUCCCUGGAUAUCAUAGAUGGAAAUUUACGGAUGUUCUGAGGAACAUUCUUAAGAUCAUUGUUAGUUUUGCAUGGGCUGUCAUUCUUCCACUCUGUUAUUCGGGAAACCUCAAGCAAGUGAGUGGUUUCACAAGGGGAAUGGAUUUCCUCCGCACAGUGAAGAGUAUUCCUCCGGUAUACUUGUUUGCCGUAGUUGUAUACAUGGUCCCAAAUAUCUUGGCGGCUUCUUUGUUCAUCUUCCCCAUGCUUAGAAGAUGGAUUGAGAACUCAGACUGGCUCAUUAUCAGAUUCCUGUUGUGGUGGUCACAGCCAAGGAUUUAUGUCGGAAGGGGAAUGCAUGAAAGUCAAUUUUCACUUAUAAAGUAUACUAUUUUUUGGCUGUUGCUUUUGGGUUCCAAGUUCACGUUCAGCUACUUUAUCCAGAUAAAGCCUCUAGUAAAACCAACAAAAGACAUCAUGAACAUUCGACAUGUAGAGUAUACUUGGCAUGAGAUUUUCCCUUAUGCUCGCCACAACUACGGCGCGGUUUUGUCACUCUGGGCACCAACAAUCUUGGUCUAUUUCAUGGAUACACAAAUUUGGUAUUCUAUAUACUCAACCAUAUAUGGUGGUUUUGAGGGAGCAGUGGAUCGCCUAGGAGAGAUACGAACUCUGGGUAUGCUGAGGUCACGGUUUCAGUCAUUGCCAGGUGCAUUUAAUGCAUAUCUGGUGCCUUCGGACAAGGCGCAGAAAAAAGGAUUUUCUCUGUCGAAGAGAUUUGCUGAGGUUUCAGCCAAUAGGAGAAGUGAAGCUGCCAAAUUCGCCCAGUUGUGGAAUGAAGUGAUAACCAGUUUCCGUGAAGAAGAUCUUAUCAGUGACAGGAAAGGCUGUACAAGCAAGAUAAAUAAUAUGGAUUUGUUACUAGUUCCUUAUACAUCAGAUCCUAGCAUCAAGUUGAUCCAGUGGCCACCGUUUUUGCUUGCAAGCAAGAUCCCUAUAGCUCUGAAUAUGGCAGCACACUUCCGAUCAAAGGAUGCUGACUUAUGGAAACGUAUAUGUGCAGACGAGUACAUGAAAUGUGCUGUUAUUGAGUGCUAUGAAUCCUUCAAACAAGUCCUCAAUAUUUUGGUCGUUGGGGAAAAUGAAAAGAGGAUAAUUGGCAUCAUCAUCAAAGAAAUAGAGAGUCAUGUUUCAAAGAGUACACUUCUUGCAAACUUCAGAAUGGCCUCGUUACCAGCUCUUUGUGAAAAAGUUGUAGUGCUUGUGGGAAUCCUGAAAGAUGGUGAUCCUUCCAAGAGAGAUGAUGUGGUGCUGUUGCUUCAAGACAUGUUGGAAUUGGUCACCCGGGAUCUGAUGGUGAACGAGAAUCGUGAAUUAGUAGACCUUGGACAUAGUGGCAAGGAUUCAGGAAGACAACUUUUUGCUGGUACAGAUCAGAGACCUGCUGUAGUGUUUCCUCCCCCAGCUUCUGCCCAGUGGGAUGAACAGAUAAGACGGUUGCAUCUUCUUUUGACGGUAAAAGAAUCUGCCAUGGAUGUACCAACUAAUCUUGAAGCACGCAGGAGGAUUGCAUUUUUCACGAACUCCUUGUUCAUGGAUAUGCCACGUGCUCCACGAGUUCGCAAAAUGCUUUCAUUUAGUGUUAUGACCCCAUACUAUAGUGAGGAAACUGUCUACUCUAAAUCUGACCUUGAAAUGGAAAAUGAAGAUGGUGUGUCCAUUAUAUACUAUUUGCAAAAAAUCUAUCCAGACGAAUGGACAAACUUCAUGGAGCGAAUUAAUUGUAAGAAAGAGAGUCAAGUUUGGGAAAAUGAAGAAAAUAUCUUGCAGAUCCGCCAUUGGGCCUCCUUAAGGGGCCAAACACUCUGUCGCACAGUCAGAGGAAUGAUGUAUUAUAGAAGAGCUCUGAAACUUCAGGCUUUCCUUGACAUGGCUAAUGAGAGUGAGAUAUUAGCUGGCUAUAAAGCUAUUACAAACCCAUCUGAGGAAGACAAGAAAAGUCAACGAUCUCUCUCUGCUCAGUUGGAGGCAGUAGCUGACAUGAAAUUCACAUAUGUGGCCACUUGCCAGAUUUAUGGAAAUCAGAAGCGAAAAGGAGAUCGCCAUGCAACAAACAUCCUGAAUUUGAUGGUUAACAAUCCUUCUCUCCGUGUUGCAUAUAUCGACGAAAUAGAAGAGCGAGAUUCUGGAAAAUCACAAAAAGUUUAUUACUCAGUGCUGGUCAAAGCUUUUGAUAAUCUUGAUCAGGAAAUUUAUCGUAUCAAACUGCCGGGUUCAGCAAAACUAGGUGAAGGAAAGCCUGAAAAUCAGAAUCAUGCUGUAGUAUUUACUAGAGGGGAGGCCAUGCAAGCCAUUGAUAUGAAUCAGGAUAACUAUCUAGAAGAAGCUUUCAAAGUGCGCAACCUUCUUGAAGAAUUUCAUGAGGAUCAUGGGGUGCGACCACCUACAAUUUUAGGUGUCCGUGAGCAUAUUUUUACUGGAAGUGUUUCUUCUUUGGCUUGGUUCAUGUCAAAUCAAGAAACAAGUUUCGUCACCCUUGGUCAAAGAGUUCUUGCUCGGCCCUUGAAGAUACGAUUCCAUUACGGGCAUCCAGAUGUGUUUGACAGAAUUUUCCACAUAACCCGUGGGGGUGUCAGCAAGGCUUCUCGUGGCAUCAACUUGAGUGAGGAUAUCUUCGCCGGAUUCAAUUCAACUCUCCGAAGAGGAAACGUCACCCACCAUGAGUACAUUCAAGUUGGCAAAGGUCGAGAUGUUGGGCUUAACCAAAUCUCCUUGUUUGAAGCCAAAGUAGCAUGCGGUAAUGGCGAGCAAACACUCAGCAGGGACAUCUAUAGACUAGGCCAUCGUUUUGAUUUCUUCCGUAUGUUGUCGUUUUACUAUACGACCAUCGGUUUCUACAUAAGCUCAAUGAUGGUGGUCCUCACAGUUUAUGCCUUCUUAUAUGGGAGACUGUAUUUAGCACUGAGUGGAUUGGAAGGUUCCAUAAUCAAGUUCGCAAAGCACAGAGGAGACACUGCACUGAAAUCAGCAAUGGCUUCGCAGUCCGUGGUCCAGCUAGGCCUCCUCACCGCGUUGCCCAUGGUCAUGGAGAUGGGCCUCGAGAGAGGCUUCCGAACAGCACUAGGUGAUAUCAUUAUUAUGCAACUACAGCUAGCCUCCGUCUUCUUCACCUUCUCCCUAGGAACACGUACCCACUACUACGGCCGUACUGUCCUCCAUGGUGGCGCCAAGUACCGAGCAACCGGUCGUGGCUUCGUCGUCCGCCAUGAGAAGUUUGCUGAAAACUAUCGUAUGUACUCGAGAUCCCACUUCGUCAAGGCCCUGGAGCUCAUGCUGCUCCUUAUAUGCUACCAGAUAUAUGGUAAAGCCGUGACCGGCCAGGUAGCUUACGUGCUCCUCACGGCUUCCAUGUGGUUCCUGGUUGGGUCGUGGCUAUUCGCUCCUUUCCUGUUCAAUCCUUCAGGAUUCGAGUGGCAGAAGGUCGUUGACGAUUGGGAUGACUGGACUAAGUGGAUAGGCAGCCGGGGAGGGAUUGGUGUGCCUGCGAAUAAGAGCUGGGAGUCGUGGUGGGAAGAGGAACAAGAGCACCUCCAGUACACGGGGAUCUCUGGGCAGAUUUGUGAGGUCAUCCUUGCUUUACGUUUCUUCAUCUAUCAGUACGGCAUCGUUUACCAGCUGAAAGUCACCCAAGCCACGUCUGCUGGACGAGAACAUAGCCUAUCUGUCUAUGGAUUGUCAUGGCUGGUCAUUGUCGCUCUUAUGGUAAUCCUGAAGAUUGUGUCGACGGGUAGAAAGAAGUUCAGCGCUGACUUCCAGCUAAUGUUCAGACUUCUCAAGUUCGUGCUCUUCAUUGGUUUCGUGGUCACACUCAUCAUCCUCUUCACUACACUCCAUCUCACAGUAGGAGAUGUGUUUCAGAGCUUGUUGGCCUUCCUCCCUACCGGCUGGGCACUUCUACAGAUAUCGCAAGCGUGCAAGCCGAUAGUGAAGGGGUUGAAGAUGUGGGGAUCGGUGAAGGCAUUGGCGAGAGGGUACGAGUACAUGAUGGCGUUGGUCCUCUUCCUCCCCAUAGCAGUCCUAGCCUGGUUCCCGUUCGUGUCCGAGUUCCAGAACAGGCUUCUGUUCAACCAAGCCUUCAGCAGAGGUCUCCAGAUCCAACGGAUCCUCUCCGGCGGGAAGAAGCACAAGUAA